AUGAACGCCUUCAGGCUCGCCGGCGAUAUUACUCACCUCAUCAGCAUCCUCGUCCUCCUCCUCAAAAUCUACGCCACCAGAUCCUGCUCAAGGUUUUUUACUGCAGGGAUCUCGCUCAAGACUCAGGAGCUCUACGCGGUGGUGUUCUUGGCGCGGUACUUGGAUCUGUUCACGGAUUUCAUUUCGGUCUACAACUCUGUGAUGAAGGUUGUGUUCAUUUUGAGCUCGGUGUUGAUUGUUGUGAUUAUGCGGCGGCACAGGACGGUGAGGCGGUCCUACGAUAAGGAGCUGGACACUUUCCGUCAUCACUAUCUCGUCGGAGCUUGCUUUGUGCUUGCUCUGCUUUUUAAUGAGAAGCUCACGUUUCAGGAGGUCUUCUGGGCAUUUUCAAUAUACUUGGAGGCAGUCGCGAUUAUUCCACAAUUAGUUUUGCUACAACGAAGUGGAAAUGUGGAUAAUUUGACAGGGCAGUAUGUUUUAUUUCUGGGGGCCUAUCGUGCAUUGUACAUCCUCAACUGGAUCUACCGCUACUUCACAGAAGCAAAAUUCAGUCGAUGGAUAGCUUGCAUAUCUGGUCUGGUUCAGACAGCUUUAUAUGCAGAUUUUUUCUACUACUACUUUCUCAGUUGGAAAAACAAUGCAAAGCUUAAUCUGCCAGCUUAAGCAAAAGGAGGCGUAAAUCUAAAUCAUAGGUUUGGUUUUCUACACCAUGGUUGAUAAAUCAAGUUGAGGGUGACUCUACCAGAGGAAGCAUAUACAGACUGUAGUUUUGAAUUAGGGAUACAACCCCGAAUCCAAACGUGGGGUACUAGCAAGUUAGUGAAUUUUCGGUGGAGUUUUACCCAUCUCAUACACAAUCUGACCUACAAGUUUCGUGACCUUGUAAAAGAUAAUGAAGCAGACGAGUUCUUUUUACCGUCUUUAGAAAAA